AUGUUGCACAAAAUCAUCCGUCUCGAGGGUGCCGAUGUUCUGUGGGAUUUAUGGGACAGUACACCAAAACAUGAGGGUUCGCGCCUUGGUCGACGCGGAAGUCGGACAGCACUGACUGGAGCUAGCACAUCUGAUUCAGAUGGAGACAGCCUACGAGAAUCGGCUCGCAUUGGGCGUGCAUUUAAUGAAGUCGAGGAAGGAGAACCGGAAGCCCCCAUACCUGGUCCAACGGAAGAAAACAUAGUUGCCUCGGCCAAGUUGCUCACACUUCCAGGUGAUGAGCACACUGCACGUGUAAGUGUACGAUGCCCCUUGUUCGCCUUAGCCGCUCAAUCGACCAUCGGUGAAACCGGGAAUUGUGCUGAUGAUACCAGUCCAGACCCCAAUCCCUCAUCCUCAGCUCCCGAUCCGUGGUCUUCAUUCGAACUACGAGUGCAUUUGGACGUGGGUUCGAUUGUGGCGUGUGCUUGCCCCAGCCAGUUCUAUUGGCUUCAGUUAACUGUGGGUCAACUGAAUCAUAUAUGGCAAAUGUAUCAGAACAUCACAUUGACUCGAACAACUUCACCCCUGCCCGAAAACAAUCCCACGGAUGGGACUUAUCGUUCCACGGGUGUUGUAAAUCCGAGUGACGCGCGAUGGUUUCCUGCUUCCAAUCAGGUAUGCUUGUUUUCUCACUUUUGUCUAGUUCCAGUUAGCCAGUGA